GCUACCAAGUCGACCGUGACGUUAGCUAACUUGUUAACUAAUGAUGUUCUUCGGGGGGGUUCGAUGGAAUGAAUGAAUAAGUUGACCAGACUGGAGAUCAUUUGGAAAAUAUAAAAAACUUGACAACAAAGUUGUGGUUUAGCCUCCCGGUUGAACGCAGGGAAAUGCUCCGCUGCUCCGAGGCGGAACACGGCGGGACUGGAGCAGAGGAAUCCUCGGGGAGGCUGUCGUCGUGCGCCGCUUGUCACGGUGUUCUCCAACCGACGGGGAAAGUGAGAUUAUUCGGACCCGUUUUCGGCCCGGACCGCUUCGACACGAUUGCGGGAUGGGGGUCUGUUAACCGCCGCGUGAACGGUGUAGUUUAACAGCCUCGGAUUCCUGGAUCUGCUGUCGCGGAGGACUCACAGAGAUGAAGACUUUGGAGGAGCCCCCCUACCUGACAGUCGGGACCGAUGUGAGUGCCAAGUACAGAGGGGCUUUUUGUGAAGCUAAGAUUAAGACAGCCAAGAGACUCGUCAAGGCCAAGGUGACCUUUAAAUCAGAUCUGACUACAGCGGAGGUCCAUGAUGAAAACAUCAAAGGACCCCUGAAGGUGGGCGCUGUCGUGGAGGUGAAGAAUCAGGACGGAGUUUACCAGGAGGCCACAAUUAACAAGCUGACAGAUGCCAGUAUAUACACUGUUGUGUUUGACGAUGGCGAUGAGAAGACCCUGAGGCGUUCCUCUCUCUGCCUGAAAGGAGCACGCCACUUUGCAGAGAGCGAGACCCUGGACAGACUCCCCCUAACCAACCCCGAGCAUUUCGGCACCCCCGUCAUCGGCAAAAAAGGCAACCGCGGCCGACGGUCGAACCCAGUUCAGGAGGAAGAGUCGUCUUCCUCCUCCAGUGAGGAAGAGGACAACGACCAGCGACAGAAUGAAGAUCUGUUCGGCAAGGUUGUCAUGGUGGAGGGGGUCACCGGCAACGACAAAAAGAAGUCGUCGUGGUACCCGGCUUUGGUCAUCUCUCCGGACUGCCAUGAAGACGUCGCUGUAAAGAAGGACACCAUCCUCAUUCGGUCUUUUAAGGAUGGAAAGUUUAACCUGGUGCUCCGGAAGGACGUCCAUGAGAUCAACAGCCGUUCUCCACCUAAAGCAGACACGGGACUCAAACCAGCUCUGGAUGCAGCUCUGGAGUUCCAGGAGAAGAUGGUGGUUCCCAGCACCUGGAAGACGGAGGUGAAAGAGGACAGCUCCAGCAGCGAGGAGGAGGAUGAGGAGGAAGAGGAGGAGCAGGAAGAAGAUGCUAACAAUGAGGAAGAAGAGGAGGAGGUGGAGCCUUUCCCAGAGGAGAGGGAAAACUUUCUGCAGCAGCUUUACAAGUUCAUGGAGGACAGGGGAACUCCCAUCAACAAGCGGCCCGUCCUCGGCUACAGAAACCUCAACCUCUUCAAGCUUUACCGGCUGGUCCACAAACUGGGGGGCUUCGACAAUAUUGAGGGUGGUUCCGUUUGGAAGCAGGUCUACCAGGAUCUGGGAAUCCCUGUGCUCAACUCGGCUGCUGGCUACAACGUCAAAUGUGCUUAUCGAAAGUAUUUGUAUGGGUUUGAGGAAUACUGCACCUCCUCUGCCAUCACCUUCCGGAUGGACCUCCCUGUGAAGCAGGUUUCCAAAGGGGAGGUGAAGCCUGUGGAGGCUGCAGGAGCAGCAUCUUCAUCCUCCACUGCAGAGGAGCAGAAAGCCCAAACAGAUGGGGACGCCUGCAGCACUCAGUCCCUCCUCUGCAAGGACGAGAAGCCGGAGUCGAUCCAAGCUAAACAGGAGAGCGAACCGUUGAAAACGGAGGUGAAAACCAGCAGAACCGAGGAUGAUGAUGAAGAGGACGGCCCCCUGAGGAGGGACGCCGAGGAGGGCUCCUCCACGUCUCGCCUUGGGGCGGAGAACAUAAAGCAGGAGCACGACGAGGAGCAGGAGAGCAAGGACAACUCCGGGGAUGACAGCAGUCAGGAGGGGGAGGAAGGGGAGGAGUUUGAGUGUUACCCCCCGGGGAUGAAGGUGCAGGUGAGGUAUGGGCGAGGCCGCAGUCUGAAGACGUACGAGGCCACUGUGAAAGAGGCAGACGUGGAGGGGGGAGAGGUGCUCUACCUGGUGCACUACUGUGGCUGGAACAUCAGAUAUGACGAAUGGAUCAAAGCAGACAAGAUCGUGCGCCCGGCCAAUAAGAACGUACCAAAAAUAAAGCACCGCAAAAAGAUAAAGAACAAAGCAGAGCGAGAGCGAGACAGGCUAGAGAGGCUCGGUGACCGAGAAGUCCUCGGCCCCCCGUCCAGCCGCGUCCCUCGCUCCAAAUGUGGCCUGAGCCAGGAUGUCUUUUCCAAGAUGGACGAUGGUGAGGACAAAGGGACUCCGCAGUCUCCCGUCAAGUCUAUAGAAAUUACCUCUAUCCUCAAUGGCCUGCAAGCCUCCGAGCUCUCCACGGAGGAGAGCGAGCACGACGACGAGGGCAGGGAGGUGCACGGCGAGGAGCAGCACGGUCCGAGCCUCAGAAAAGGCCCCGCGGAGCCCCCGCUCUCAGAGCAGUGGGAGAGGGAACCCCCCGCCGAAAAAGCCUCCUCCGUCUCAGGAAAGGAGAACACAGAGAACGCCGUGAAGCUGAGAGGCCCGGCGGAGGGGGAGGGGGAGGCGGCGAGCACCAGGAAGAGGAAGUCUGACGGUGCUGCCGAGAGGACCUCAAAGGGUCAGCCCAAAGCGAAGGUCAGGAGCACCAGGGGGGGCGAGUGGUUACCGAAGAGCUCUCCCAAGAAAGCGGAGGACGUAGCGGCCGGUCCUGGAGAGGAGAGGGGGGGGUUGUCAUGCAGCAGUUCUGAUGAGGACAGUUCCACGCCGCCAGAACCCCAGGUGGACGGAGGAGAGCGAAGUCGCCCCAAAUCAAAAGGUUCACCGUCCAAGAAGUACAACGGCACGAAGGAGAAGACCAAAGCGGGCCGACAGGCAGGGUUCUGGGAGACGCCUGAGAAGAGGGCCAAGGUGUCUGCAAGCGCAGAGGACCGGACCGCCAUCCGACCCAAAGGACAGAAGGACGUGUGGUCCAGCAUCCAGGCCCAGUGGCCCAAGAAGACCCUCAAAGACUUGUUCUCUGACUCGGACACUGAGGCUGCCAAUUCUCCGCCCCCGCCCGCGUGUCUGAAGGAGCCCGGCGUGGUGCGGCAGGAUGCUGAGCUGGAGGAUGAAGCUUCAGAGGAGCAGAUGGAGCUCGACAAGCUGCAGGAGUUCCCGAGCAGCGGCAGCAACUCUGUGCUCAACACGCCGCCGACGACGCCAGAGUCCCCGUCAGGAGGAGGCAGCGCCGUGGAGGACUCCGGCCAAGCCCCGCCCUCCUCCCCGCAAACAUCCACACCCCCCACGUUACCACCAGAGCCGGUUCCCGACACUCUCCCUCCGGGUCCGAUCCAGGAGGAGGUGGCAGGCGGUCGCAGCGAGACGGACAGCAGCACAGUGGAGGUGGAGAGUCUGGGGGGAGAGCUGCAGGACCUCCCACAGGACGACGGCGAGGGCUCCCCCUCCAAAAUCUACGACGUCAGCCUGUCCUGCAACAGCAGCAGCUACAGCCCCGAGAGGAGCUGCAGCAGCCAGCAGGACUGUGAGCAGAAGUCCAAAGCAUCCGUCAGUCAGAAGAGGCAGAAGGAACCGCUGUCGGGCGGAGCCUCCAAGAAACACAAACCCAGCCGAAAGAGCCUCGGAGUUCCCCCUAAGAAGAACCGAAAAGCAGCAAACAGCAGUGACAGUGAGGACCAGUCUGCCGUUGAGGGCAAACCCGCCCCCUCCAAGCAUAGCACAUCUGACCCCAAGGCUUCGCCCAAAUGUCACGGCCGAUCUCCCCCCUCUGGCCACAAAUACCACAAGCAGGGGGACCCAGAGCCCCCCCAGCACAGAGACAGCCAUGGAAGAUCUGCUCGAGUGUACAAGUGGAGCUUCCAGAUGUCUGAUCUGGAGAAGAUGAGCAGUCUGGAGAGGAUCGCUUUUCUUCAGGAGAAACUCCAAGACAUCAGGAACCACUACCUCUCCCUGAAGUCUGAGGUGGCCUCCAUUGACAGACGACGAAAACGCAUGAAGAAGAAGGAGCGGGAAAGUGCUGUGGCAGCUUGUUCCUCCUCCUCUUCCUCUUCCUCACCGUCCUCUAGCUCCUUAACAGCUGCAGUCAUGCUGACACUUGCCGACCCUCCGGUUCCAUCCUCCUCCUCCUCGUCUCAGAACUCUGGGUUGUCAGUGGAGUGCAGGUGACAGAACCAGCAGCCAUGAGCCAUCGCACUGAGCACUUAACCAGCAUCCUGGGCUCGCCGCCGCUGCCGUUCCGUCCCAACAGGAUGGACAGGUCAACCCGUAAACUCUAACCGCUGGAACACAAAACCCGACCAGUCACCACAACGAGAAACAAGCACUAUUUUCUACUGACAACUGUUUCCUUGGCAAGCUAUCAGCACUUAAGUGCACUUUUCUGAAGAUUGUGUAAGGAGAUGAAAUUUGUCAAAAAUUACUGGUUUUACAUUCGUUACCUGAAAAUUUUCAAGAGUUGUUUUUGCAAGCAAUAAUCCUUUCCAUUUGCUAAACCCGUUUGAGGAAAAUGUUCAGCCCUGGAAGCAAACAUGGCUGUUGCUGUGGAGGGGCUUCAAAGGAUCACUGCCACAUUGGCAUUAAGGGCAAACCAUUAUUUUGCCAGCUUUUUUCCCCACUCUCAUUCAAAAAAAAAGGCUUUUGUGAGCUUAUCGUCAGCAGUAUAGACCCGCGGUCCAGCGUGUGCAUGAAGGCGGUGAAGGCUCUGAUAGCAUCAUGAGCACCGAAUGAUACUGUAGUGCCUUUUUGUUCUUCUCCUGGGGGCACUUUGAGAAAAAGAAAAGCACUUUUUCCUGAUCCUUGUCAGAUCAGGGGGUCAGCCGGAAUCAUUUGUCCCUUUUCUAAAAAAGACAGAAGAAUGCAGUGUGGGUGAGCAGGCGGUGAAGGGCUACGUCUGACUGCUAACGUACGGUCAAAUGUAAGGCUUAUUAAGGAAUUUCGCCUGUAAUUUACUACUGAAUGAUAGAUUGAAACGUGCAAUGAGAGAAGAAGUGAAUGCUCACAUCACUUCAGUUCAUCAGCCUUUUUAAAACCCUCCAUUUUAUUUUGUCACCUGAAUGAAUUUAACCUAAUUACCACUGAUCAGAAAGGAAGAAUCCUAGGUUUGUAGCUUUUAAAGAAACUCUUUUAAACCGCUUUUUGGCGUUUUACUCAUAAUCCAGAAGCUCCUUGUAUUCAUCUCCACAAAAAAACUUUUUUUUUCCAUAAAUGAUCACAGUCAAGGUAGAGAUCUUGUAAAUGUGCAUUUCUAUCCCAAAGUGAAGUAUGUGUAAACUUUUCUCCAGUGUUUGUACAUAAACCUCCCAGCUGUGUGACAACCUAAAGUUACGUUUUGGUUUCAAACUUGUACGUAGAUGUAUGCUUUUGUUAUACAUUUGUAUAUUGAGAAGUGUUUUGAGUCGAGCUAUUUAAUAUCUUGCACUGUUAAUAACAUGUACUUUUCUGUACAGACAGUUUUACGGUUUUAACUGUAGCUUGAGUUUGUAAAUAAUCAGGGUUGCAGCAUGUUUGUUUCCUUUUCUGUUUCCUCUCUUUUUGUUUUUCUAUUUUUCCCCCCUUUUUAAAAUUCUUGUUUAUUUGAGAUCUUUUCUUCAUUUGUUGUUGUUUUUUUUUUAGAUAAAGCUUCUUAGAGAAGAUUGGUGGUUCUAGAUGCGGCUGAACUUUUUCAACCCUUCGUGGCCUGAAGCUAAUGCUGUAUGAAACUGUAUAUGGAAAAUGGUCUGCAUCAUAGACUAAGAGUAAGUAAUGGAGCCAAUCGGAUUAUUGCUCCAUAAGUAUUUAUUAGGCACAUCUGAUAAUGAUGGUCAUUGUAUAAUUUAUUGUAAAAAUGUAAGCAAAGCAGAAGCCUCCAUUUGAAAUAAAUGCCAUAGUUUGUGAA